AUGGUCGUGAGCAUGAAGCCCUUGGGGGCACGGGCGCACCAGGCGGCCACCCCGCUUCUUGCAAGGGUGCUGGACAGCCAGCGUCCGUGCCGUCAAGGAGUUUUCAGAGCUCUGCCAAAGGUUCCUUGCCGCAUUCAGCCAGUCAAACCAUCCCGCUGGGGAGCAAAGGCUGAAGGGGAUGAGGCUGGUGGUGAAGCGGACACUUCCACACCCACUCCCUUGAAGCCAGCUGAAUCUACGCCUCCUGUGCAGCAGCCCUUGCCAGCUACAGCUUCUGAAGCCAAUGAACCAGAAGGCCCAAACUACGUGGCGUGGAUAGGCACCUUGCUCACUGUGAUUGGCAUUUUCUACGUUGCAGUGUUCUAUGCUGGUGCAGGUCUCUUUUCCUUGCUGGCAGAGAAUGUGGACUUCAAACGGAAGGACUUCGUUCCUUAUUCAGAGCGUAUGAAAGCAGAGGAAGAGUUGAGGCUACGUGAAGGGCAGUCAAUGCAAUCAGUGUCUGCUCCUGAACCUGGGGAUGUCGCCACAGAGCAAGCAUCUUCUGAGGACUGA